AAUAAACCCUCUAGUAUGAAACAACAUUCUUUAAAACAACCAAAACAAAACAUGGAAGUCCAACUCAAGUCCACCAUAGUUUUCUUCUUGAUCAUCUCUACAACCGCAUUACUAUCAUCAACCACCACCGGCCACCCAUUCCCACCACCAUCCGACGAGCCUGAUUACAUCCGCACGAGCUGCUCGACGACUCGUUACCCCGAAACUUGCUUCUCCACCCUGUCCAAAUACUCUGGACCCGUCCAACACGACCCCAGCCGCCUCGCUAUGGCAGCGAUCCACGUUGCGUUAACAAACGCCACUCGCAUGGCGUUCUACGUCUCUAAGGUAUCCCACCACAAGGAUUCCGACAACACAACGGAAUCUGCCGCAAUCCACGACUGCUCAUCUGUGUUUGGAGACGCUGUGGAUGAAAUUAGCAAGUCGCACAAAGAAAUGAAACGGUUGGGUUGGACCGGUGAAUCGGUUAGGUUCCAGCUCAGCAACGUGCAGACGUGGAUGAGUGCGGCGUUGACCAACGAGGACACGUGUACAGACGGGUUUGAGGAUGUGGCGGAUAGCAGUGUGAAGACCAAGGUUUUGGAUCGGGUGGUGGCGGUUAAGGAAGUUACGAGUAAUGCUUUGGCGUUAGUUAACAGUUAUGCGGAUACGAUACCGGUUUAGUACGGCCAGUAACACUUGUGAACGUUUGUUGAUAAACGGAACGUUAGGUUUUGAAAUGAUGAGUUAUGUGAAGAGUAAAACUUAUGUAUUGGGUGUCCGUUGUAAUUUUGAUGAU